GGAAGAGGGAGAAGGAAAAGAGGGAAAGGGAGAGGGAGAGCGUGUGUGCGCGCGCGCGCAGGCAUUCACAUAGCUCAGAUGAUCUCUGCAGAAGAAAUUGAAGAUGGUGGUUCUGGCUAGCCCCUCCUUUCUACCUGGGGAUUUAAAUAACUAGGCUUCAAGGCAAAUUUCCUUUUCCUUCUAAGAUUUCUGGAUUUAAAAACGCCAGUGGCAGCAGCAAUGGAUUUCUGAGCCCGGACUGCAGUCUUUUGGGCUUUUCCCCUUCUUCUCCGCCCCUGUAAAAAACCCAGUCAGGCUUUCGAGUGAUAUCUCCUAAGUCCAAUCACAGGCAGCUGCUUCUCCCUGGCCACCGCCCUACUCGCCCUGAGGUCCCCAAUAACUGCUCAGAAAGGUCGGGUUUAUGCAGUCUAGUAGCUAAGGAAGGAUCCCUUGAAGGCGAUCUCCAGGAGGGAGGGACGGGUGAGGUUUGGUAUGAAGAAUGCUCUAUACUAGGUGUCUGCGGCGGAAGUGAAGAACCUGUAGGCUACAUCCCAACUGUGCGGCAAAAGGACACCCAAGGUGCAGGUAUUUAGUAUAUCCUGACUAUAUAUGACUAACUUAAUGAAGCUCUUUUGGAGUUGAACCUAAGCACUGUUGCAUGCAAGAUGAAGAUGUGGCUUUUGAUUAGUUACCUAAUUACAAUGUGCUUCAUAUCCUGUCUAGCAGUUGCAGAAGAUGGCAAAGGAUUUGGACCAAUUUUUGAAGAGCAACCAAUUGAUACCAUUUAUCCAGAAGAAUCACCAGAUGGAAAAGUAUCAUUGAACUGCCGGGCACGAGCUAGCCCCUUUCCUGUUUACAAAUGGAGAAUGAAUAACUGGGAUAUUGAUCUGACAAAUGAGCGCUACAGCAUGGUAGGAGGUAACCUGGUAAUCAACAACCCUGACAAAUUGAGAGAUGCUGGAAAGUAUUUCUGCUUAGCUUCAAAUAUCUAUGGAAUGGUUAGAAGCACUGAAGCAACUUUAAGUUUUGGGUAUCUUGAUCCUUUUCCGCCAGAGGAACGAGUGGAGGUAAAAGUAAAAGAAGGGAUAGGUCUUGUUCUUCUGUGUGAUCCUCCUUACCACUUUCCAGAUGAUCUUAGCUAUCGUUGGCUUCUAAAUGAGUUUCCUGUAUUCAUCACAAUGGACAAACGACGAUAUGUGUCUCAGACCAAUGGAAAUCUCUAUAUAGCAAAUGUAGAAGAAUCUGAUAGAGGCAAUUAUUCAUGCUUCGUAUCAAGUCCUUCAAUCACAAAAAGUGUAUUUAGCAAAUUUAUCCCACUCAUCCCUCUUUCUGACCGCACAACAAAACUCUAUCCUGCUGAUAUCAAAGUCCAGUUCAAGGACACAUAUGCACUGAUGGGCCAUAAUGUAACAUUAGAGUGUUUUGCCCUUGGAAACCCUGUUCCUGAGAUCCGGUGGAGAAAAGUUCUGGAACCAAUGCCAAGUACAGCUGAGAUAAGUAUGUCUGGGGCAGUUCUUAAGAUUUUCAACAUUCAGCUUGAAGAUGAAGGCACUUAUGAAUGUGAAGCUGAGAACAUCAGAGGAAAAGAUAGACAUCAGGCAAGAAUUUAUGUUCAAGCAUUUCCUGAAUGGGUAGAACAUAUCAAUGACACUGAAGCGGAUAUAGGCAGUGAUCUAUACUGGCCUUGUGUGGCUACAGGCAAACCUAUCCCUACAAUCAGAUGGUUGAGAAAUGGAUAUGCGUACCAUAAAGGUGAGCUGAGACUGUAUGGAUUGACCUUUGAUAAUGCUGGAAUGUACCAAUGUAUAGCUGAAAAUGCACAUGGAGCUAUAUAUGCAAAUGCGGAGCUCAAGAUUCUGGCCAUGGCUCCCACCUUUGAAAUGAAUCCUAUGAAGAAGAAGACCUUAGCAGCUAAAGGAGGACGUGUUUUAAUUGAAUGCAAGCCUAAGGCUGCACCUAAACCAAAAUUUUCAUGGAGUAAAGGAACAGAAUGGCUUGUCAAUAGUACUCGAAUUCUCAUUUGGGAUGAUGGUAGCCUUGAAAUCAGAAACAUUACAAGGGCUGAUGAAGGCACUUACACAUGUUUUGCAGAAAAUAACAGAGGAAAAGCUAAUAAUACUGGAACUCUAUUAAUUACAGAUGCCACAAGGAUUACUUUGCCCCCAGCUAAUGCUGAUGUCACUGUGGGUGAGAAUGCUACCAUGCAGUGUGCUGCAUCCCAUGAUCCUGCAUUGGACCUCACAUUUAUUUGGUCUUUGAAUGGAUAUGUGAUUGAUUUUAACAAAGAAAAUAGUCAUUACAUGAGGAAUUUUAUGAUAGAUUCCAAUGGUGAUUUGCUUAUUAAAAAUGCCCAGCUGAAACAUGCUGGACGUUAUACUUGCACUGCUCAGACAAUUGUGGAUAAUUCCUCUGCAUCAGCAGACCUUGUUGUUCGAGGCCCACCAGGUCCACCAGGGGGUGUGAGAAUAGAAGACAUUAGAGAUACUUCUGUUGCACUCACAUGGAGCCGUGGCUCAGAUAAUCAUAGUCCAAUAUCUAAAUAUUCUAUUCAGACCAAAACUAUUCUUUCUGAUGACUGGAAAGAUUCUAAAACAGAUCCACCAAAUAUUGAAGGGAAUAUGGAAUCAGCAAGGGCAGUAGACCUAAUCCCAUGGAUGGAGUAUGAAUUCCGGGUAAUAGCAACCAAUAUUUUGGGAACAGGAGAGCCCAGUUUACCAUCAAACAGAAUCAAAACAGAGGGUGCUGCACCUAAUGUGGCUCCUUCAGAUGUAGGAGGAGGAGGGGGAAGCAACCGUGAAUUGACAAUAACAUGGGUGCCUUUGUCACGGGAAUAUCACUAUGGCAAUAAUUUUGGGUACAUAGUGGCCUUCAAGCCAUUUGGUGGAAAAGAGUGGAAAAAAGUAACAGUUACUAAUCCAGACAUUGGUCGGUAUGUUCAUAAAGAUGAAACAAUGUCUCCUUCCACUGAGUUUCAAGUAAAAGUGAAAGCCUUUAACAACAAAGGAGAUGGACCAUUCAGUCUUACAGCAGUCAUUUAUUCUGCACAAGAUGCACCUAGUGAAGCUCCUACAGAUAUAAGCAUAAAAGUCCUAUCUUCUUCUGAAAUCUCUGUUUCUUGGAAACAUGUUUUAGAAAAAACAGUGGAAGGCUAUCAGAUUCGUUACUGGGCUGCACAGGAUAAGGAAGCGGCUGCACAGAGAGUUCAAGUCAGCAGUCAGGAUUAUUCUGCCAAACUGGAAAACUUGCUGCCUGAUAUGCAGUAUUCUGUGGAGGUUAGGGCCUAUAACAGUGCAGGAUAUGGGCCCCCCAGUGAUGUGGUUGAUGUCUAUACAAAGAAAGCACCCCCAAGUCAGCCUCCAAGGAUUAUUAGUUCAGUAAGGUCUGGUUCAAGAUAUAUUAUCACCUGGGAUCAUGUCAGAGCAAUGUCAAAUGAAUCUACAGUAACAGGAUAUAAAGUGCUCUACAGACCUGAUGGUGAACAUGAGGGCAAGUUAUAUUCAACUCAUAAGCAUUCAAUAGAGGUCCCAAUCCCAAGAGAUGGAGAGUAUAUUGUGGAGGUUCGAGCACACAGUGAUGGAGGAGAUGGAGUGGUAUCACAAAUUAAAAUUUCAGGUGCAUCUGAAGUUUCGCCUAGUUUCUUUGGCUUAUUGCUGCCUGCCUUUGGCAUCCUAGCUUUUUGGGAAUUCUGAUUGUAGCUGGAUAUCUGCUAUCAAUGCAUAGCUGUGAAUGCUCCUCAAAUCUUUAAGGACUACCUACCACUCUUUCUGAUUCCUGUGGCACUAUCUUAAUCCAAAUCUGUUAUACUUUAAAAAAAUUACUCUGCUGUGUUACAGUAAAUUCAAGGACUGAGACACUUAGGAACCCCUUCAUCUAAUGAAUACUCUUUGGGAUGUAUACAAAAUGAUUUUUUAACCUGUUACAAUAUGCCUUAUAAAACUCUUAAACUGAUCUGUGACAGUUGCAUGAUUUGGUCAAUAGAGUAAAUUAAUUGUUAACAUCCACUAAUAUAGAUUGUACAGUAAGAAUAAAAUCACCAUCCAAAGGUGCUUUAAUGACAAGUUGUAACAUAUGCUAGAGACUGAAACAUAGAUUUAUGUAAUAAUUGUAAGAAUAACUUGGUCUGUUUGUACUCUUCUAUGUUUUGUGUACUAUGUAUUUUAGAAUGGCCCCUAUCUUCAUGGUCUUUAUUUUUAGAGAUACAGUCAAAGCAAAAACAUUCAGUUCAUCUUGCAGAACUUUCUCAACUCUAUAAACACAUGUUUAAGUAUUUGAAACAUUUUGAAAGCUGUCCAGUUAUGAAGGUUUUUCAAUGAAAAAAAUGCCAACAAGUUUGUUUUAAAUGUUUAAAUUCCCAGAAUUAAAAAUUCUUAAACUUUGUAUAUACAUUUGAAUUGUCUAAUACCUUUGAAUUUUUAAAAAAAGAGUGAUUUUCUAAAUUACAGAUAAUUUAGAUUUUUUGUCAUACUGGUGAUAAAUUAUAUUUCCAAGUUACUUUUUUUUUGAAAUCUUAAUUUUAGGCCUCAAAAAUUCUGUUUUAAGUUAAAAUUUUUUGUUAGCCUUUUCAUUUUCAUGUGAUAUUCUGAUUCUUACUAAAUACUUUUAUUUUUUUUCUAAAAUGUGAACAAAGACUGAGAAUGAAUAAUUGUUAUUAAUCAGAAAUACAAAAAUGAGUCAGGUUACAAUGAUUUAAUAAUAUCAUGUCUUCUUUUUCUUCUUCAUUCCUGGGUAUAACCUUCCUUUAGUCAAGGUAUAAAACCAGUCAAUUAACCUUGGGUGUGAAAGCUUUUAGUAUUUUUUAAAAUGAUUUCUAACAGAAUUUCUCAUUUUGAUGGAAUGCUGCAGGAGAAGGGGAGGGCUAAGGGGAUCAAAAGAGCACAGCAAAAUAUUUUUGGUUUUGUUUCUUAAAAAUAAAUGAACUUGGAUAUCUAACAGAAGCCAAUAAUGUUUAUGUUUUGACUGUGUCUGUCAAGAGCUUUUGUUAAAGAGUUUUUGUAGAAUGUAAAAAUCAAAAAAGAGCAUUCUUUUAUUUACCUUGGUAGGCUCAAAAUAUUGAAUAUGAUAUUAAUCAAAUUUCUCAAGUAAUCCUGCUUCAAGAACAAUAAACUGAAUCAUAUCUUAUUAGCAUAUCCUUGCUAACUAAUUAAACAUAGAAUUUAUCUUUUUAGGUUAUAGUAGAAAGUCAUUAAAAUAUUUAUAAGAAAUGAGAUUAGAACUAUUACUACUUUACACCUCUUUCUUUAAAUUAUAUAAUUUUUGUACUAUAUAUUUAAUUGUAAAUGUUAGAAUCUUCAUUAUAAAAAUAGUAAUAUUGCAUUCAUUUGCUUCUAAGUAUUUGUUAUUAGAGAUUUUUUAAAAAAAUAAGUGAAAUGGAUAAUUUCUCACAGAAUCAGCAAUUCAUUACUAAAUUUCACAAAACAUAAAAUUGGUUGGGAGAGAAAAACAUCUUCAUAUCUAAGAAAAAUUAAUACUCUAAUUCUUUUGCACAAGUUUAAUUUUUAAAAAAAUUUCUGUUUUUUUUUUUCAAUGCUUUUGGACAAUUUGGUAUAAGCAAUAACACAUUAUUGCUUAAUAUAUGUUAGCGUUUACCCCACCCUGAUAAUAUGAUGGUAAGAAGCAAAACUAAUUUUUUUUGCAUGAUUGUAAAAGGUAAAAAGGGUGAAAAAGAAUUUAGGGAUUUAAAAAAAAAUUCAUAGUUCAUAAUAACUCACAUAAUGAUCAUGUAACUUUGCUUUUUUAUUGUUUCACAAAAUUAUACCAAUUUAAUUUGUGUCUUAUGUUUAAAACAUUGCUAAUCAAACUAAUGUUUUAGUUGUUUUACAAAAAAAUUCUUAAUUAAAUUUUAUAUAUAGACAUAUUUAUUCUUUCUUUAUAUUUCAAGAAAGAUGAUAUUCAUAGUUUUAUUUGAUAGCUAUGAUGCUUGAAUUUUUGUUUUUAGUUUUUUAAUCAUUUUUUCAAUGGAGUAGAUUGACUGUGCUUUGUCCUUUCUAUGAAUGAAAAAUAAAUUAUAAUGAAAUAAAUGUAACAUUGUUAUCCAAGAUGUAA